AUGUUUUCUUCUUCAACCAAAAUUUGUUUAUUUUUUCUUUCAAUUUUUGUAUUAUUCGAAUUAAACAAUGCUUGUGCUGGAUAUGGUGCUACAUGUAGUGGAAAAGGACAGGGUAAUUGUUGUGGUGGAACUUGCUAUAAUAGAAAAUGUUGUAUUGCUAGUGGAGGUACAUGUACCGGCAAUGCUAAUAAAUGUUGCCCAGGUACAGGUUGUCAGCCACCUGGAGAAGUUGGGCACGAAUACAGAUGUAUGUGA